CGCCAUUCUGCCAGCAUCGCCCAUGGAGCCGGUGUGGGAGACGGCCAGCGAGCGGAGCGGCGUUGAUUCCCUGUCCAGCGCCGGCGGCACGACGGCGACGGAGGCGCCCGAGGAGGAUGCCGGCGGGGAGGAGGUCGUCAAGGUGUUCGUGGCGGUGCCGGAGCAGCACAAGAACGGCAAGUCCACGCUCGCCUGGGCGCUCCGCCACCUCGCCGCACUGGCCUCCGACGGCAAUGCCGGCGCCGUGGUGGUGGUGGUCGCGCAUGUCCAUGCGCCGGCGCAGAUGAUCCCAGUUAUGGGAAGCAAGUUUCACGCUAGCAAGCUGAGACCAGAACAGGUGAGUGCCUACAGGCAGUACGAAAGGGGCAAGGUGAACAAGCAUUUGGACGACUACAUCCGCCAGUGCUCCAAAAUGAAGAUCAAAGGUAAGAAGCUUGUUAUCCAGAACGAAGAUAUCGCCAAGGGGAUCGCGGAGCUUGUUUCGAAGCACGGCGUCAACAAGCUCGUCAUGGGAGCAGCCGCCGACAAGCACUACUCUAGGAAAAUGAUGGCUCCCAGGUCCAAGACGGCACUUGCAGUUAUUCAACAGGCUGACCCGUCGUGCAAGAUUUGGUUCGUAUGCAAGGAGCAUCUGAUUUCCACUAGAGAGGCUGGUGCUGUCAGAAGCCAAAUACCUCCUUUAUCUCUAGUAUCCGCACAUCCAAACCGACAUGCAGUCAGGAAUGGGGUUGAGGGCUGCAUCCAGAGGUCCCUUUCCGAAAAACUAUCACCGCUGUUGGUGCCUUGUCGAUCAGCCAUGCGAAGAACGUUUAGCAUUCUGAGCAUGGAGGACAUCUCCGUGGGUUCCUGGGACAGCGGCAGAAGAGGUAGCUUCCCGAGCUCAUGCCGCGAGGAAGCAUCCAGCCAUUCUUCCAGCUCAUUCGAAUUGCCAAUAGAUGAUGUCUUUGCUGUCCAUCAAAACACUGCACCGUGCCAUGAUCAGGUCAAAAUUUCUGAGGAUGUGUCCAAGCAGACUAGGGAAGUUGAUGAGGCCAUAGCCAAGGCAAAUGAGGACAUGAAACUGUUGAAGCAAGAGAUGGAGGCAAUGAGACGCAACCGUGAUGAUGCCGUCGAGAAGCUCUCUGAAGUGAAAGAAGAAAAGGAAGAGAUGGUGGCAGCGAGCAGAUACCUCGUUGACUCGCAGCGGGUGAGGCUUCAGCAACUAGAGGAUGAAAGGGACACUGCCCUGGAGCGUGUGGAAGAGAUCCGCAGCAUGGCUUCAGGCUUGAAUUUGGCAUUGUUCAGCGAGUUCUCUCGGUCGGAGUUGCGGCAGGCGACGAGGAACUUCAGUGACACAAUGAAGAUUGGCGAAGGUGGGUUUGGGUGUGUGUACAAAGGUGUGUUGCGCAACACCACGGUGGCGAUCAAGAUGCUCCACUCUGAAAGCUCUCAAGGGAAGUCACAGUUCCAGCAAGAGCUUUCUGUUCUAAGCAGAGUGAGGCACCCAAACAUCGUCACGCUGAUGGGCUGUUGCCCGGAGGCUUCAGGUCUCGUGUACGAGUUCCUACCAAACGGAAGCCUCGAGGACCGCCUCGCCUGCCGAAACGAGACGCCGCCACUGUCAUGGCAGGCCCGCACGAGGAUCAUCGGCGAGAUAUGCUCCGCGCUCGUUUUCCUCCACUCCGGCGAGCUCAGCCCGGCCAUCCAUGGCGACCUCAAGCCGGCCAACAUCCUCCUGGACGCCAACCUGGUCAGCAAGCUCGGCGACUUGGGCGCAUCCCGCCUCCCCACCAUGACCAACCCCGGCAGCACGCCAUACACGGACCCGGAGUACCUGACUACCGGGGAGUUGAUGGCGCGCUCGGACGUGUACUCCCUGGGCAUCAUCAUGCUCCGUCUGGUCACGGGACAGCCGCCUCUGGGCAUCGCGAGGAAGGUGGAGGACGCGCUGGAGAAGGGCGAGAUGGAGACGCUGGUGGACCGGUCGGCCGGGGAGUGGCCGUUCGAGCAGGCCGAGAAGCUGAUGCUGCUCGGGCUGCAGUGCGCGGAGGUCAGCAGGAGGAGGCGCCCCGAGCGAAUGAGCCAGGUGUGGAGGGUGGUCGAGCCCCUGGCGAAGGCGGCCUCUGUGUCACUCGCAGCACAAUCUCUUGCGCCGGGUGAGAGCAACCCGCCAUUCUACUUCAUCUGCCCAAUUUCCCAGGAGGUUAUGAGGAACCCUCACACCGCGGCAGAUGGUUUCACCUACGAGGCGGAGGUGAUCAAGGGAUGGCUCGACAGCGGUCACGACACGUCCCCCAUGACAAAACUGGCCCUCGCGCACCGGCACAUCACCCCGAACUAUGCUCUUCGUUCUGCCAUCGAGGAUUAUAUGAAGCAGCACCAGCACCAGGGCAAGCCGCCACCACAAUCGGUUCGGUCAGAUCGAUGAUAGUGCUGUUGUCGCCGGGAUUUCUGUCCAGUCAUUGUUGAGAAGUCUGCUCCGCUCUUGCUGUAUAUAUUAGUUGUCUAAUCUGCAUCCAACUGGUUUUUAGUUUGGCAUCAGUCAGGUUUAGUCUAUCAUAUCGUGUAAGAGUAGACAGCAACACAAAAUCAUCGGGAUUUCUACCAUUAAGCAUGUGGCUGUCUACUGUCUAGGCCUUAUCCCAAUGUUUCAUUUCUGUGAGAUUGGCGCAACCACUAUCAGCAAUGGAAACAAAAUAAAAACACCCCAAACUA